UCAAGAGAGUCGUACGCUUCGUUAAGCCGCAGAAAUCGUAUCAGAGUGAGUGUGGCAGGUCAAAGGUAGCGCCAUCAGGAUCUGAACUCCUCUCUUCUUCAAAACUGACAGAAGCUGCGGUGACAGUUCUACCGAGCUUUACCAGUCCGUACCUGUGGCCGAAAGAAUACUGAAAGACGAGGUGCCUGAGUGCAAGUGUGUGCAAGUGUUCGCUGUUCUACCGUCCCUGAGCCUCCACCACAUGAGCGAGGCAGGUAUGAACACCGAUUCUCUAGAGGACUGCCAAGUCAUAAAGAGUGGGUACAGCUUGGCGGACUCUCUAGCAGCGUAUGCAGAGGAAUCAAUGCAGGAUGAGGAUGAUGACGAAAACGCCCUGGUUGUGGUGAUGACAGAAUCCGAGGAGGAUACUAAUGACGAGGAUGAUGACAGCGGUGACGGCAAGGACAACGACGAGGAUGACGAUAAUGAAGAAAGUGACGAAAACAGCGAGAGCAAGGAUGAAGAAGGCGAUAACAAAGAUAAUGAAGGCGAUAGCAGGGACGAAGGUGACGAAAGUAGAGACGAUGAUGAUGGCAAGGGUGAUGAGGCGGCAAUGAGGACACCGAUUGCGAGGGAUUUGAGGACACGGCAAGGUGAGGACAGAGACGCAGAUCUGACUGUCUCUCUGGGAUUUUCUAAGGCGCUGGACGAAAUGCUGCUGCAGCACGGGGAGUUCCCCGCCCCUCCGCUCCCCGAGUCCUCCCUCAGGUAUCGGAACACAUCGCUGGACACGCUCCUCGACUUCAGGUCCUACAACAGGCAACCUGCCACACGUGCUGGUGCCGCCACCGCUACCACCUUCACACCCGUCACCUCCACCACCACCACUACUACCCCCACCAUCACGCAUGACCAUCACCUCGGUUAUAAGGAGCAGCAGUCGCCAGCCUCGCCGCCGUCAGUCAUGUCCUGGAGAACCGGGGAAGGUGGAGAAUGUCUUUGGUCUCCUUCCACCAGCGCUUCCUUCGCCAGCUCUCGUGCCGCUGCAGGAAAUGUGGACACCUCCUACACUCCUGACCCAGCAUACUUCCUCGGCGGCCGCUGCCUCCUGCCUGGUGCUCGCCACUCGCCUCCUCCGGCCCAUCAGGCCUCUGGAUCCCGUCCGACUUGCAGGUACUCCAGGCAGCCACCACCAUACAACUGGCACCUGCCCCCCGCCCACUGGCAGCCCACCACAGCCCACCGACAGUUUUCCACCACUCACUGGCAGCUUCCUACCGCCCCAUGGCAGCCAUGCACCCCACAUUGGCAGCCAUGCACCCCUCGUUGGCAGCCAUGCACCCCUCGUUGGCAGCCAUACACCCCUCGUUGGCAGCCCCCCACCACCCACUGGCAGCCGCCCACAACCCACUGGCAGCCGCCCACAACCCACUGGCAGCCGCCCACAACCCACUGGCAGCCGCCCACCGCCCACCAACAGCCACCCUCAGUCCAACACAAGUGUGACGGUCACCAGUCACCAAAGAUCGAUGCGGGGGAUGUAGAGGGAAGCAGCAGCGACGUGGAUGGACGGAAAUGCUCGCCGCGUAGAGAGAUGAUUAAUGAAGUGGUGCUCAACAACACCCGCGCCUUCCGGUCACACCCACUGUACCCACUGUUACACGACUUGGCGGUGGUCGACCACUAUUUCAAUAAGGCUGACUUCAACCUAGGGUUGUUCCCAUACCUCUCAGCGCCCCUCCUCUGCUUUCUGCCCUCAACCACGGAGGAAAUGGUGACCCUGUACCUGAGAACCAACCCCCAUGUGGCCCUAAACUUCAGUGAGGACACGCAAAGCCUCGCCGUGGAUGCUGUGGUGCUGGACGCAGUAGCCUACACGCACCACUCCUUGUUGGAGAAGAUGACAUUCAAGUCCGCGCAGGAGGCGACAAGGAUGAGGGACAGGGCCGCGAAGGGUGACCUGGGGCGGAGGAGAGUGGAAGAUAUUCGCGACCGCUACAUGGACAUCCUACGCUCCUCCAAAUCCCUGCGUCGCGCCUGGCUCGGGAACUAUACCACCACCACCACCACCACCACCACCACCACCACCACCACCACCACAAACAACAACAACAGCAACAACAACAACAACAACAACAACAAUACCAUUACUACCACCAACACCACCACUACCACCACCACCACCAACACCACCACUACCACCACCACCACCAGGAAGACCAGAGCGGAAGACACCCACAACACAGAAAGCGACGACAAGACGUCCCUGGAACCCCUCCUCCAUCUGGACAGUGUGCCCGUGCCACUCUCCCCCCUCCCUGACUCCAAUCCAGCUCCCUACACCCUGCAAUCUGACUUAAUCACCUCCUGCAGCCACCUGCUCUGCAGUACAGUCUCCCUGAACGUCACCCUGGCCCUCACUGGGACCACAACCACCACCACUAUUACCACCAGCCCCGCCGCCACUGCCACCGCCACUGCCACCACCGCCGCCGCCGAAGCCGCCACCACCACCACCACCACCACCCCUGUCGCUCCCGUCGCCACCACCGCCGCCGCCACCUCCGUCACCGCUCUCACUGCCCCGUGCCCUGCAGACACCCGCCGUAGGAUGCCUAACACCCAUCACAGCAGAGAGGCCCGGGAGGUGCUGCGGGCGUGGCUGAAGGAACACCAACACUACCCUUACCCUGACGACGACCAGAAGGCAGCUCUGGUGCGGCUAACGGGUCUCACCGCGCAGCAGGUAACGCGCUGGCUGUCCAACGCGCGCCGCAGACACUUGCCCAGGCUGAAGGCAGACCGAGGGACUGAGGGAACGAGGGAAGGGCAAGAGUGAGGGAAGGUUUCAUGCAGUGUUUGUAAGUUGUUGAAGCCGUCACAAAAAUGGGAAGAUUUCGUACAGCACGGUAUAUGAGUGUGUUCUGAAUGUUAUGUAUAGCACGGAAACUAGAAAUAAAUAUUUUUUUCACAUUU